AUGGAUAGUAGAGUAGAUGACUGCAGCCUGAUGGAAGGUGAGAUCCCCCUAUCAUCUACAUUCUUCAAAGUAAUUAAAAAUGAGCUGUGGUUGUACCUCGUCCCGGCCGUGCUGGCUGUCCUGCUGCUGGCUCUUUUUCUGGAGGAGGUUGGCUUCUUUCUCCGUCACGAGCCUUCAGUUAGACGCAGACACCUUUGCCUAUGGAUCCUGGGCAUGUAUCCGGUUUUUGGAAUGACCUCUAUUAUUGCAUUAUAUGUACCCCGGUCUUCAUCACUGUGCAAUUUUAUUGCUUCUUUAUAUCAUUCUAGCACUCUGCUGAAGUUUAUGGGUCUUAUUGAAAGCUUCUUUGGGGGAAAAGCUCGAAUGCUUGAAGUGCUGGCAGGGGAAAAGGUUUCUCCCAAUCCAUUUCCAUGCUGUUGCUGCUGCUGUUUGCCCCUUAUCAACAUUACCAGUACAAAUCUGAGAUGGAUGAUGAUUGCUGUACUACAGCUCUCUGUGGUCCGAACACUCCUGUUCUUCAUCACUCUCGUCCUCUGGACAGACGAACAGUAUGACUAUGGGGAUGUGGAUUCUGUGGAUCCCAACAUUUAUGUAAAUGCAAUCAUUGGUGUGUCCACUUUUCUCUCCUUCUAUGGCUACCUGCUGUUUUAUAAGGCAACCAGGAAAGCACUGCAUGGUUAUGAGCUUCGAGCUAAAUUUAUUUGUAUCAUUGUUGUCUUAGUAUUGUGUGGACUGCAAAAUGGCAUUUUGGAAACUACAGGGGCACUAAAGGUCAUACCAUGUGCACCUCCCUUCUCUGCACUGUUUCGCUCUCAGUUAAUCUACCAUUAUGCAGUGAUUGUGGAGAUGUUCUGCAUUAGCCUCUUUGCUCGGAACAUCUUCCGUAAAGUGGAGCUGAGUCCAGAGUAUGCAUACGAGCUUGAAGAGGGGCUCACCCAUCAUAAGGAGGUUCAAACAGAGGAUGUGUUGCCUCUUGCAGUGCAGUUGAACUCUCAGACAGAGGACCCGUCUUGCUCGAACCCGGCCUACAGCAGCGAUAGUGAGGACAGCCUCUGCAGAAUUGAACAUGCUCCACUGGACCACUUUCCCUUUCCACUACAAUCCAGACAUCUUCAGUUCACACGGUCAGAGAGUGACAGUGUGAAGCUAAGUGAAGAGUGUAAGAGCACAGAGUCACCAACUAUCACAGUCAGUGCUGAGAUCAACUAUGUGGAAAAUCCGGAUGUGACUGUUGUAUAGCUGCAGAAGUACAGUGCUGUUGCCCACCUUUUUCAUUUGCUUUUACUCCUUUUAUUUUCUUAUUUGUCACAGUAAAUCAACAAAGAUGUAUAUAAGACAGACAAUCUAAAUUAAAAAUAUAUAUAGUUUUAAAAUGAUUUAAAAUUUAAUUUAUUUAUAAAAGGGUAUCAACUGACAGUGUAAAACUUAAAAAGUGUUUGCAGCACUUUCAGAGACAAAACUGCAACCAAGUGCCUACUAUAACCAGAGGUAAGGCUUUCAUAUUACAGUAAAG